ACAUCUCUAACGCUUCAUUUUUAACUGAGUGGGAAAAAUUCAAAGGUGUCCGAUUUCAUUAAUGAAAAAGUAAAUACCAAAGUAGUUCUAAAAACAAUGGAUCCGAUGGAAGUGAUGGAUCUACCUAUAAAGGAAGAAAUCAAAGUCGAGGAAGAUGCCAUCAACGAGGAUGACGCCACUCCUCUAAGGGAAAGUACUGGCGAGUCUCCGCCUCAUGCGUUUAUGCCCGCGUUUCGGAUGUCCGGAUCCGGCUGGGAUAGUGAUCCAGAGGACAAUGGCCAACGCUCUACGCCUCCCACUCCGGGUUCCCAUUUGAAGGAUAAUCUGGAGGCCGUCGAACCGAAGGGAAAGAUAAAGGAAGAGGAUGAACCAGUUGAACACAUGUUAGAUGGGCUGCUUGAGGAAGAACUCUUCGAGCGUCCUGUGAUUGCCGAUGUUAAGCCGAAUGUGAAAUUGGAGGUAGUUGAUCAGGGCAGACCUAAUCGCGAUGGACUUCCCAGCGAUUUUACAUCCCGAGAUAGCAUGAACGACAUGGAUUUGUGCAGUCUUGAAGCCACCAAGGAGCUGAAACUAAACGGACCCCAAACACGUAUGGAUUGUGAUAAGCCUGAAGAAGAGCUGGAGUCAACUGACUCCUUCGAUGAUCUUGAACGUCAUAAAAUGGAGCUCCUAAAGAAGUUGGCAGAGGCUGAUGGCAAGGAAAAUGACAGGGAAAAGAAGAAGAAAAAGAAGCACAAGAAGGAUCGUUCCCAUCGCUCAAAGCGGAGGCGUAGUGACAGCUCACAGGAUGAGACUCCAAAAGAUAAAAGGCGUGUCGAUCGUGACAGCUCACAGGAUGAGACUCCAGAAGAAAAAAGACGUGUCGAUCGGGACCAUCGUGGUCGCAGGCACCGCGUGAAGACCGAAAUUCCCGAUGAAGAAUUGGACUAUGUGCCAGUGCGAGCCGAUGAGAAGCCAUUCCUAACUAUUAACCCCUCCAAACUCUACGAGCGUCCACGGCCGAAACCUGAACCAAGUGCAGCGAAUCUGUCCAAGGCUGAUAAACGAAAUCUUGGCGUGGCAAGGGCUGAACUGGUGCUUGAACUGUUCCAGAAGAAGGCGAACAAGGAGGAGGAGGUAGAGUGCCACAUGGUGGACACCGUAUGCAAGCUGUCCGUUAGCAAAAACUUCAGGGACCAGGGAUGCUUCGAGAAUCCCUCGCCCAUUUGCAACAACAUGAAUGUGAUCUACGAGUUCAAUUCCACUCCUGGCACCAAGAUCGAUUUGGCACGGUGGGGCCUGGAAGUGGUGCCGCAGGCCACUAGGGAGCUGCUCUGCCUGCUGGGCAUCGAUGUGGCCCGCCUAAAGGAGAUCCAGAGCUCAACCAAGCCAUCGCACCGUAUACUGAAGCUGAAGAUGGAGCAAAUGGAGCAGGGUCUGGCGCCUGUGGAAGAAGUAUCGGGCACGCUAUACAAGAAUGCAGGAACACAGACGGAACGCAGAACCGCUUCGCAUGAUGCGGGCACCCAGGUCCGCAUGGAUAACAAACUUAAGGGAGCCUUCUGGCAGGAUCCGGACUUUAACCAAAUAAAUUUGACCCAUCAGCAAUUGAACGUGAUGUUUGCCCUUCAAGAGCUAAGCAGGAAGGUACCCAACUCUACCAUUGCCAUCAAUCUCUACAAGGCACUCGAACCUGUUCUGGCCAUUAAACGAGCGGCCUCGCGUCACUAACAGCGUUUUUGGAAAACAAGAAACUAUGCCAAAUACCUAUGCCAAAAAACGAAUUUCUUAGAAUAUUAAAAUAGAUGUUAAUUACUUGUAUUGCCUCAAGUGCCUAAACCUAUUUCAAAUAUGUUGUAUUUCUCAACUAAACAAAUAUAUACUUGUAUUUGUGAACCUCUCACUCGAAAGCAAAGCAGUUGAAAAAUGACUGCAAUAAUCAAGUUAACAUUUGUAAAUCAUCUCGCUCAAUGUAUUUUUCAUUUCUUUGUACAAUUAAUAAAUAUUCAUAUGCACAUGCA